GGAAAAUUAAUUAAUUCAUUCAUAUGCUUUGAUGUUUUUUCAAAAUUUAAUGCUAAAAUCUUCAAUUGAUUUUAUUACAAUCAGUAAAAGAUAUGCCGGUAGACCCAAUUGGCUUCCAGGACUAUUGCAUUAUUUAAAGAAAAAUGAACGUAAACAAGGCCCAUAUAAGUUAAUACCUAGAUAUGCAUUAUAUAAUUGGGAUUUUUCUUCAGAAUUAUAUGCCUUUUCUAAGAGAAUAGGUCAACCUAUUAAUAGUGAUCUAUUAAUGAAAACAUUUAUAAAUCCUUCAUUUAAUAUCCUAGAAAAUGAUAAAAUCUUAGAAAAAUCCAAAAUACCAAAAGAUUUUUUUUAUAAAAUUGAUGAUCACUUAUUAUUACAAAAGAAUGGGGAAAUUUUUUUAAAAAAGAUUAUAUUGAGAUAUUUAAGAUAUAGUUUUCCAAGAUGCCCAGAAGAGAUGAUUAUAGAUAUACAACAAUAUAUUCUCUCAGAUGAAAAUCUAGCAAUGAUCUCAUUGUCUUUAGGAAUGAAAGACCUUAUACUAUCAUCUACAUAUCCCCCUAAUCCAAUUAUACUUACUCAAACAUUUAAUGCUUUGAUUGGAUCAAUGAUUGAAAGUGUUUCAAUUACCAAUAAUCUGUUAUUAGAGGAUUCAUCAAAGUUACCGCAAAAUACUAAAGGCUCUUCACUCCAGUUAUCAUUGCCAAAUAAUGUUAGUAAUAUAGAAUCGACCAUUCGAUUUAUUUUGGAUUUUGUUUGUACACAAUUAAUAACUUUAGAUCCUUUUGAGUUAUGGAAUUUUCAAAAUUCAUUUUAUUUAUUAAAAAGUAUAAUCGCCAAAAGUUGUCAAGAAAAUUGUUCUAAUAAACCCCCUGAAAUUGAAGCAAGGUUAUUGAGGAGCUCAGGUGUUAACACAAUAUUCCCAGUGUAUAUUAUAGGAAUCUAUUUUGAUAAAAAAUAUUUGGCACAAGGAACUGGUGAAACAAUUAAAACAGCCAUUGAUCAAGCGGCUAGACACGCUCUCAAAAUUAGGUUUGGUCUAGAAUACACCAACACAGGAUGCUCUCUCACUUUCAAACAUUCUCAAAUAGUUCAAGAAUUGAUUGAUUCUCCCAUCAAUGAACUCAAAUCGCAUUUCAAACCCAACAUUUUGGUUUAUGAUAUGAUGAACUAUUUUGUAGAUAUUAAUGAUACAGAAGUUGAAACCAAAAAUGUUAUUACUGGCACCCAUGAUGAUGUUUUAUAUCACAGAGUUUUGAAUUAG